GUCGCUGUAAAUCCCAUAUAAAAGCAAAAAAAAAAAAAGAAGAAACACAUCGUCAUGGCGAGCUCAGAUGACGCGCCCGACUCCUUCAUCAGCAAGGAAGAUGGGCUCAACUACUGGGAGGGCGUCAGCGCUGACAUUGACGGCAUGCUUGGAGGCAUUCCCUCCGUCAAGGGCUUCUCUGGCAUCUUACGGAGCGAUCUCCAAGGCUCACGGACGUUUCUGGCCAAGCUGGGCAUUGGAGCGAAGCAAGGGCGGCAGAAGCUGGCCACUGCUUUGGAGGGCGGAGCAGGGAUCGGAAGAGUUACUGAAGGGCUGUUGAUCCCACUGGCCGAUGAGGUUGAUGUCAUUGAGCCCGUGGCCAAGUUCACCGCGGGCCUGCAAGGCAAAGAGGGCGUUCGACACGUCUACAACAUGGGCUUGCAAGACUGGGAGCCUGUUGAUGGGCUCACAUAUGAUCUCAUCUGGACGCAGUGGUGCGUGGGCCACUUGACGGAUUCGCAGCUGGUGGGGUAUCUGAAGAGAUGCCAGGUUGCGUUGAAUCCCGGGGCCAUGAUUGUGUUGAAGGAGAAUCUGAGCACGUCGGGCCGCGAUGUGUUUGACGAGCUGGACAGCAGUGUGACGAGGGAGGACACCAAGUUUAGACAAAUCUUUGAGCAAGCAGGGCUGCAGCUCGUCAAGUCGGAGCUGCAGAGGGGGUUUCCUGAGACGCCGCAGAUGACGCUCCUCCCGGUGAAGAUGUACGCUUUGAAGCCAAAAGCUGUGUAAGUGGAAGUGGUUAUAUUCUGUUCCUUGGAGUGAUUGGGAGUUGUAUGGGAUGGGGAAAUGUUGAAGGCUGGGGAAAAAGUUUUUGAUGCAUUCUGAAUGGCAAAGGUUGAGAGGUAAAGCUUGAAAGCUAGUCGAGCUUGUUUGAUGGAGUUUUGUAGAUACCCUUACAAUCAAGUGCUGUGUCGUAAUGUUUCGGUUUAAAGUAUGAUUCUUUGAAGUAGAAUUGGGGCAUGAUGUGUUGCGAUGAUACGUGUUGGAUUUGACAGCUGCUGGCUAUAUUUGGGUGAGAAUAUACCAUGCUACCCCAUGAGCUUUUGACAUUUGCCAGAGACUCUUCGUUCAUAGGAACUCAAUUAAUCGAAACAUAAACUGUUAUUGCUCAAUCUCAUCCAUUGAGUCUACAUCACAAGAUUAAUAAUGUCCAUAAAGCUGAUCUGGAAAGACAAAAGCUGGUACCAAGCAUUUAUUAGCGCCAUCGCUCCACCGCCAAGCUCUCACAUCUCAUCUCAUCUCCAUUUCCACCUCCAUCUCCAUCUUAUACACCCAACCUUUUUUCAAAACAAGCAACAUAAAGUCCCUUCAAUGGCCUCCCCGCCCUUUGGCCAAGCCGCCCUCAUCACCGCCCUCAAAGGCCAACCCCUCCGCAUCCCCUCCCUCCAAGCCCUCUUCACCUCAUGGCCGUCCCCACGCCUCAACGCCCACUACCCAGAGCUCGUCGCCUUGGCCAGCGCCGCCAUCCUCGAAUUCGCCGCCGCCGCGCCUCACCUGCACGUUGAGCGCCGCCUGCGCGACGACAUUGCCCUCCUGACGUGUCUGCUGUUCCCGACC